AAAAAAGGAGUAAUUGCUACACUGGUUACUGGAAAACAUCUGCUGGCCGUGUUGCCAAUUGGUUUUGGGAAAAGUCUGAUAUUUCAGGUACUAGUUCGUGUAAAAGAAACAAUGACGGGGACAACUUCGAGCGUAGUUGUCGUUUUUCCGCUUCAGAGUAUUGUGUGUGAUCAAAUGGAAGAAGCGUCUUCCAUGGGAUUAACGGCUGCUACGCUUACGAAGAGUCGUUUGAAGGACGUCGAGUGCGACAAAUAUAACCUGGUAUUUGCGUCAGCGGAGGAGGUUUUAGCGAAGCCAUUUCUUUCCUUAUUUAAAAACGCAGCCACACCGUUUCAUCAGAAUAUGUGUGCAAUCAUUGUGGAUGAUUCGUAUACUGUGGAAACUUGUACAGGUCAAAGGUUUGUUCUCUUAAUUCUAUUUUAAAUUGAUGUCAAACUCUUAUAUGGUUCAUUUAUUUACUCCAACGCUUAGGCUUAGUUUGAUCAUCAUUUCUUUGCCCGCUCGCAAAUGAUCACAGUACUAUUGUUAUCUGAAUUCAGAGGGUCGAAGAAAGGGAAUAACACUGCGUUCCGUGAAUCUUUUGGUCAGCCUGGGCAACUGCGUUCAUUUUGCAAGCAAGGUAACAGAUUCGUGCAAAUGAGCGUUGCACACUUUUCCAUAUUCACGAGGUUAUUUUAUUAAUUUAAACACAUUCGUUAAAAAACCCCGAUUUGCAUGGUGAACUCCAGACCAUUAAUUACAUAUUUAUGUUCAUACGGUGGAAUACCUAGUGGCUGCUAAGCUGAAAUAUCGUUAAGAUUUAUUCUAUUGUAAUUAAUGUUCCCCUUUUUUGUCUUACUUUCUUUUGUCCGUGAGUGUUGCUAAUCCUUACUCCGUUCCUAUUUUAAGGUACUUACGGGGACGGCAGACCCAAUUGCUCAAGAUACAAUAAAUAAGGUCCUUGAUCUUGCAUAAGAUGUGAAAUGCAUUAACGUUAGUCCCAACCGCCAUAAUUUACGGUUUUUUGCGUGGAGGGUUAAAAAGCCCCAACAGUUAAAGGAGCUAGACUGGCUUAUUACCCUGUUGAGAAAUGAGGGGGUAGAGUGUCCAAAGACAAUUGCGUUUUGCAGCACAAUAAAUGAAUUAGCACUUAUCACGAAUUACAUAAUGUCGAAGCUAGGAAGGAAAAUGUUCUCUCCUGCAUAUUCUCCUGUCCAGGACAACUGUCUAAUUGGAAUUUACCAUUCUAACUCAUGGAGAAGUAAUAAAAACAGAGUGAUGGAGCAGUUCAAGGGUUCAGGAGUGAAAAGAGUAGUUGUGGCCUCCACAGCACUUUGUAUGGGAGUAAACUUCCUAGAUGUUCGGUAUUUUAUAAAUUGGGGCCCAGCUCGUUCCAUCCUAGACCAACAUCAAGAAGCUGGAAGAGCUGGAAGAGAUGGAGAGAAGUCGCACGUUAUUGUUCUUUUCAAUGGACAGCAAGUUGCACACUGUGAACAGGAAGUCAAAGACCUUAUCAGUGCAGAAGGGUGUUUUCGUGUUCCUGCCUAUAGGAUUAUGGAUUAUUCCAUUCAGCCCCUUGAACCACGGCAUGAUUAUUGUUCUUUUUGUUCUCAAUUAUGUAAGUGUGGGGCAGGGGUUGCUGUGCACCCACCUUGCUACUUGAGGAGGCAAAAGAGCCAGCAGUGGAGGACACUAAAGCUCAAUGCAGACCAGUCUCAUACCAGGAUAGAAAGGCAUUAAAAGAAGCACUGAUCGAAGCACUAGAUGAGAUGAGAAGUAAAGGACUAGCAUUAGAUGAAAGCUCUUGUCAUGGUUUCUCAAGGCAUUUAAUUGAGGAUGUGGUAAGGGACUUCGAGAAGAUUUUCACUUGUGUUGAUUUACUUUCUGACUACCCUGCAUUUUCAAUGACAAAUGCAUUAAAAAUACUAGAAGUGAUUCAGGAAGUGUUCACAGACAUUCCUAAUUGUGAAGAAUCAUUGGCACCUAUGUUCGAAAAUUCCAAUAGUUCAGUUCUA